CAAGGCUUUAAAGUAACCUUAUCGAUUCGAGAUGUUUUCGAGAUACGCGUUCUAUAUAUUAGUGAUCACAAUACCAGUAUGGGGUGACGGUCCAGGAGGAUCUUCCAGGUUGAACAUGCCACUCUGGGAUGUAAGUGAUUUUUACUCACGGUUAUUUGGCGCAGCAAGCACCACCCAACCUCCACAGGCGUCCCAAGGAAAUCCAUCCGCAGCUGCUCCUUGGAACGCUUAUUACAACGCGCUAAUUCAGGAAGCUUACCACAAAAAGAAUGGGUUAUACUCUUCAAGCAAUCUGCAACCUGUUGAUCCUUUGCCUCUGCCUGUACCUGUCCCAAUGCCCCUCCCUCGUCCCCCUCGGCCUCUAAGGCCUCUGAGGCCUCAACUUCCGAAUCGGCCAAGACCAAGGCCAACUAGAAAUCCCACUAAAAGAAGCACGACAACCAGGCGGCCAACUACAACUACUAUAAAAACAACAACCACAUCAACGGCAUCUUCAGUUUCUGUAUCGAGUUCUUCAUCCACUAGUGUUCCUACAACAACUGAGACGGUUAACAGCACAACAAUCGCACCCACAUCCAAUUCAACGACAGAACAAUCAUCGACAACGGGAGGAUCCUCUACAACAGAAGGCUCUUCCACUAUAGGAAUCAGAGGAAAUAAACUAAAACAAGCUACUACAGGCAACCCGUUAUAUUCGUAUCAUAGUCAACUGCAAAGUAGUGCCGUUUUAACUCCAACGGUUCUAAGUUUCGAGGGACAACCAACCUCCUCUGGCUCCCUCCGUCCUGAGUUGCAAUUAACUGUGCAGUCGGAGCCUCAGUCCAUGACGACGCUGUGCCAAAACUAUCCACGACUGUGUUCGCAGCCCGAAGAAGCGCAAUAUGUAAGGCUAACUGACGGAUUUGGCAAGCCUAUGCUUCUAAUAUCGCCUGGAGGCGUAGCUAAACCUGCACUUUUUACGACCACAAUUGCACGUCCCCUUUACUCAAAACCAAGGCCUUUGGGUUUGCGGCCACCCCGACGAAAGAAUCCCUCUAGGAGUAAAUAUAUUUACCGUUUAAUCAAAACAAAGAAUAAGCAACGACUCUAACUAAUUUCUGUUUAAA